AUGAACGUCGAGCGAUGGAAACGGAGGUCGGCCUCGGUCCUUUCUCUGAACUCGCCAGCGACCAGCUACUACGAUGCCAAGUCGCCGCCUCAACCGACGGAGAGCAAGGCUCCUCGGGUCCUGACCCGCGCGCUUCGGUCGCUGAGUAGUUCGAGCAUGGACUCGAUAACCGCCACUUCCACCAGAAGCAAUUCCAUACGCAAGCUGCAGAAGACGCCGUCUUCGAGCUCUUCCGUGAUCGAUCGCCUUCAGAGACGCGUUUCCAAGGACUCCCCCACAGCCGACCGCCCAGGAAGCCCAACCGAGCAAUUACAACCCUACUCAGCAAUGGAAGUGCUUCAGUGUGGAUCACUCAAGGCAGAUGUUUCGCUUCUCAAAGCAAAAUCUGAGUAUCUGGUCUUGUCGGAUCAGGUCUUGGUAAAGUUCAACAAUGGCGACUCCGCCCGCGUUGCUUUCCCGCAACUCUUUGCGCCAUCCUCCGACGGCCACAACGCGUCGUCAUGCCACCACGCGACCGGCAAACUGUCUUCCGGCGAUGUGCGUCUGGAAAUUUCACUCCGCUCAAUUGUUGCAGCCUUUAAUGAAGACAGUACCGGCAAUCGAUCCGGCAUCGAAAUCUGGUGGUUUUCGCCGUGGCCGAAGCUGGCCUACUCCAAGGCACACUUGUAUUUUGCCUUGCCCGGGGAGCGAGACGUUUGGCUGGCUUCAAUCCAUCGCGCAGUCAGGGCAAAGCUGAGAAAGUCAUCCAGAAGUGCAUUGAUAUCGGAUAACUUGAGGAGUCGUAUUGACCACAUUGUUCGAGCUUCUGAGGGAUCCGCCGACGCCGGGUAUCAAAGCACCAUCUUCCCAGUUGCACGACGGGUUUUUGGAGGUGGCAUCAAGGGUAGCACAACCGAGGACGCACCCGACAGCUCAGAUAUCUCGUCCUUCUUCCUCAUCAUUGGACCGUGUAUGUGCCAUUUCGUCGAGGUCCUGAAGGCUGACCACGCGACCCCCCCUGGCGAUUUACGUGUAAAGGCCAUCUCCUACGGCACGGUUACCUUGACUCGUUUCAAAGCCUCUGUGGUGUCACAUGAGCAUCGAUUUGUCAUGUGUUUCAGGUCUCCGUUUGGCCGCGAGACGAGAGUUGAUCUCGCCAGUUCCCAAUACCGGCGUAUCAUCGAGACACUGACCAAGGCCGAUCGAAUUCUGAAGCCGAUGUGGCCACAGCAUUUCCAGCAGGUGAUAUUUGAUAUCAGAGGCCUUCCGCCCCCUCUUCAGCUGACGUCUGGGAAUGACCUUGGCGGCCUAAGGCGCAGUUUGGAAGCAUACUGUGCUGCGUAUCAAGUUCGCGUACCGAAUUGGACCAUUGAUUGGAGUCCUCCGCCCCAACCCGCUUUUCGAUUGUUGCCCUCUGAUGGCCGGUCCUAUUCUCCCAUGCAGCUUCUUGCAGUCUUCCGGGCCUUGCGAUAUAAUAGCUUCUUCAAAGCUAUCUCUUUUCGUGGCGUGGAUCUUUCAUCUCUUGCCGGAAGGAACGACAAGCCAAAGUAUGGGGAUUCUCUUGCCUAUAAAUCCCUCAACGGUGUGACGAUAUCUGAAGAACACCACGAAAUACUUCUCCAGUCACCGAUUUUGGAGCAGGAGAUCCAUGCCCUACUCUUUGCAUCAGAAUCCAUUCGAAGUCUGGACAUGUCCGAUAUAUUGGGUAUAGGGAACAAGAAAAAUAGGCUGAGUCGGUACCAAUAUGACUUGACAAGUCUCAGCAAGGCGACAUCAGAGAUCCUACGACCGUUUUUAGAAUUGUGGCGACGGCAGCUUUGCAUUUGCCACAGCAUCUCCUUGUCCGGCAACCCAAUUGCUCCCGAGGAUCUGGACGAAUUAGCCGAUCUCUUGACCUUGGACCAAGUUCAUCUUCGUAGGAUCGAUCUGUCCAAUUGUUCGCUAGGUGAUGCUGGACUGUCAAAGUUAUGGGUUAGCCUUGCUGGCCAGACGGAUUCUCUGGAGUGGAUAGACACGUCCAACAACCAGGGAGUUGUACGGUUCGAAAUCAUUCAAAGCACCCUGAGUGGAUUGCGGAGGCUUUCCAAGUUGGACAUUGCCGGAAACACCCGCAUCACGUCAGAGGAGUCUUUAUUCGACGAGUUGACCAUGCAAGAUUGGCAUCUCCAGGAGCUGGAUCUCUCCGAACCGCAGCUCAACGACGCCACGGUGGAUGUCUUGUCGAAUUAUUUACAGACGGCUAGUUCGAGGGGCCUUCAUACGAUGCGCCUCAACAACUGUGGGCUAACCGGCGGGCAACUUGCCCGGCUCUUCUAUGCCAUGGGUCGAACAAGGCCGGUAGAGCUCUAUGUCGGUGGCAGCCGUCUGGAUGAGGGAGUGGAUGAUCUAUGCAUGGCCAUUACUGAAGGCCAUGGCCCUUGGUGUCUCUUUGUCCAAAUGGUUGAGUUUGCCAUGGAGGCCAACUAUAUCAAGCUUCUCAGAGCCCUAACGGUCAACACGUCGAUCGAGUGUCUCAGCCUCGCCGGAACCUCGACGCCAGACGCCGCCAGUAGUGUGGCUUGUCAAGCGAUUGCAGAUUUCUUUGCCAAGAAUUGCACGGUUCGCUUUUUGGAUAUCUCUGGCUUCGAUUCGAGGCUGGACGAGGGUAGGCUUGGGCGAGAAUUUUCCAAGGCACUCAUUAGCUUGAAGACCAACGAGAGCAUCGAGCACCUUCGAGUCCGCAGCCAGAUGCUCAAUAUCAAUAUUGGCGACUUGGCAGAGGCUAUCUCGGAGAACAAGACUCUGCACACCCUCGACUGCGAAGGAAAUGAUUUCAAUCUUUCCAAUUAUCGACACCUCGUCUCCUGCCUAGACCAAAACACCACCACCCGAUACUUUUCCGCAUUUUCUGCCGAAGAGCUCAAGAAGGCAACGUCCAAGUCGGUAGAGACUGCCGUAACUGGUGCACCGGUCCGUCGGCCAUCGGUCAUUUCCAGGUUCAAGUCGGAUAAAAUUGCGAAUGGGAGCAGCAAGCCGCUAGUGCAGCGGUUGAAGGAUGAAUGGGACACAACGGGGUCAGACUUGAGACGAAUUCUCCGGCGAAAUCAAAUCAUGUCUGAUGAUGAAAAUGCAGCUGAGCCGGAUGAGAGCUCUUCUCAGGAGUACCACAGAAACAGUACCACGGAACUGGCCUUCUCUACAGCCUUUGGCGGAUUGCCACUCAUGGAUCUCCAGAGGCGACGAGCAAAGGGCGUUCGCAGCUCCCAGGACCCGCAACAGGCAGUUUCUGGAGACCUGGCCGUUAGGCGGCAUAGUCGGCACGGAUCGGGGGGGUCGCGGGAACUUGCAACGCGGCCAGUCUCAAUGAUCUCUAGCGAGAUUGGUGCCAGUCUAUCGACCGAGGAAGACAGUUACGGAUCAAGCGGCGUGCCGACUCCGCCGGAGGUUGAAAGCCCCAUUGAAGAGUUGGGCCUGAUGGCCGAAAUUUUAGCAUCGGCCAUCAUGGACGAGUCGAAUUACACUUGCUCGGAUGGACAUGAUGCGGAGGAUGGUCUGCAAGUGAAGAGAUGUAGGCGAUAUAUGGGCGAUCCGACGAGCCGCAUCGACGAGGAGGACGGCGCAACUGAUACGGAGUCGGCAUGA